GAGGUCUGGCAGAGGGAGGAUUUGUGUGGCAUGAGGUGGCUCAGCCCAGGUGCUGUGGAGCAGAUUUCCUGAAGGAACAGGUUUGGGUUUGGUUUGGUUCAGUCUCUGAGUUUUUGGAAUAAAAGAAUGAUUUCAUUUCUUUCUCCUGUUUGAAUAUGUAUGCAAGGCUGGAAUUUCUUCCCUGGGUCAGAAUGGGAUGUCAGUGGGAUUUUCCUUUGUUCCUGGGUCAGAAUGGGAUGUCAAUGGGAUUUUUCCUUUAUUUCAGCAACAACGCACUGUUUAUAGGCUGACCCUGGUGAAAGCUUGGAAUGUGGAUGAAGUCAAAGCUUAUGCUGACCUGAUCUCCAUCGGGAAACCAGACUUCAUUGAGGUCAAGGGUGUGACAUACUGCGGGGAGAGCUCUGCCAGCAGCCUGACCAUGGCCAAUGUGCCGUGGCACGGGGAGGUGGUGAGCUUCGUGCAGGAGCUGGCACGGCUGCUCCCAGAAUACGGCAUCGCCUGCGAGCACGAGCACUCCAACUGCCUGCUGAUGGCCCACAGCAAGUUCCAGGUGGAUGGCGAGUGGAGGACCUGGAUUGACUACGGCCGCUUCCAGGAGCUGGUGAGGGAGCACGAGCAGAGUGGCGGCUCCAGGACCUUCACGGCAGCCGAGUACACGGCCAGGACUCCUCCCUGGGCCCUCUUUGGGGCCAAGGAACGGGGAUUUGACCCCUUGGAUGUGAGAUUCCAGCGGAAGAACAAGGCACGGGACAUCUCGGGGUGCUGAGGGCUGGGGUUCGCUGCACCCUGGCCUUCCCAGGACUCCAUUUCGGGCUGACACCAAUUUUGGAUCCAUCCACCUGGAUUAUCCUGAUGUUUGAGAAGGGGUCAAGCCUGGAUUUAACCCUUCCCUCCUGUUUUUAGGGUUUCCUAGAUGAAAACAUUGAUAACGUUCUUUUCUCGAGAUAAAUCAGAAGUGGUUCAGCAGCACUGAACUGGGUGGGGGGCAGUGCUGGGGUCUCCUCCGUGGGGAAUGUUUGGAGUGGGAUGUGGGGCCAGAGGGUUCCUUGGACUCCUGUGCAAGGAGAGCCUGAGAGCAAAACAUUCCACAUCCCUAAGGAAAAACGCCAGGGGAUUUCAGCCCCACCAGGUUGGAUCAGGGCAGGUGGGGCCACAGCCAGACCUGGAUCCAAAACCUGAUCCCUGCUGGGUGCAUCAUUUUAGGGACUUUGUUCAGGUUCAGGUAUUUUAAACACUGGUGCCAUUUCCUGUCAAAACCCCAUUCCCAAGAAGCCAAAACCUGGGAAUGGUGUAACAGCACCCCUAUGGAUACCAGCUGCAGCUUCUGAUACCUCUCCAAGUGUCUUCCAGCCUCAUGACUUUGAGAAUGAGGUUUAGAUGCAGUGUUAGCCCACUCCCAGCAGCCCUAAACAACAGGUCCAGUCCUUCAGAGCCCUGGCAGGCUCCAGCUGGGUGUGCCCAGUGUCCAGCUGGGUGAGCCUGGUGCUGUUGAUGGAGCACCCCUAGGAUGGGGAUUCCAUUUCUUUUAAAAAGCAACCUCUUUUCUUAAGCUAUACAAAGAGUUUCUAAAGCAGAAGGAAAAUAAAAGAGUUUUGCCUAGA